AUGCCACUCCUCACCGAGCAAAAGGGGCUGGCUAUAGUCCGUGUGGAGUAUGCCUUCAGGUCCAAUGGUAUACACAUUCUCAAGAGCAGGGAAAAGCUUGAGCAGAUUGGUUGGAACCCAGAACAGCAGCUGCAAGUUGCGGCCUUGCGCCCACCCAUCACCAUCAAUUGGUCAAGUUUUGACGGCCCGGGUGUACCGACUAUUCCUGGUGCCUUCCAUACUCAAAUCGUUGAGUCCCGUGAGCCCAAUACAAUGUAUGCGCCGUUGGAUGAAUAUGCCACCAAGUCAACCCAACCCUGGUGCCCUUUGAGCGGCUCACAUGCAGGAGCUCCAUCCAACACCCUCCACACUUGA